CUCCGAACACGCAAGAACAGAAACCUGAAUGUGAAGCAACAACUGAAAGAUGACAACAAUGAAGAAUAUACCUCUGAUUCUGAUGGGAUGCGGAGGCGUUGGACAACAGCUCCUCCAACACAUUGUCUCCUGCCGAUCUUUUCACGCUAAAAUGGGAGUCCAUUUGCGAGUGGUGGGAAUAUGUGACAGUAAAUCGAUGGUGGUUUCGUCGGAUGUUUUGACAAGAGAGCUAAAUGAUAACUUAAUCUCCCAAGUUUGCCGUGUCAAGUCCAAUCGUUCUUCUCUCUCAACACUUACUGCUUUUGGUGAAUGCCAAGUGUUUAUGGAUUCUGAAUUAAGAGGGAAAUUUUUGGACAUUGCAUCUCUUCUCAGUAAAGUGACAGGUUUGGCCUUUGUGGAUUGUUCUGCCAGUUCUGAGACUGUUGGAGUGUUAGCCCAAGUGGUGGAUUUGGGUUGUUGCAUUGUCCUGGCAAAUAAGAAGCCUCUUACUUCUACAAUGGAGGAUUAUGACAAAUUAGUCUCACAUCCACGCCGCAUUCGGCAUGAGUCGACGGUUGGUGCUGGCCUUCCUGUCAUAGCAUCUCUAAAUCGGAUGAUUUUAUCAGGAGACCCUGUCCAUCGUAUUGUUGGAAGUUUGAGUGGUACAUUGGGGUAUGUAAUGAGUGAGGUUGAAGAUGGGAAGCCUCUAAGCCAAGUUGUUAAAGCUGCAAAAAGCCUAGGAUACACAGAACCAGAUCCACGUGAUGACCUCAGUGGGAUGGAUGUUGCCAGGAAGGCUUUGAUCCUUGCUCGGCUUCUUGGGAGGAGAAUCAACAUGGGUAGCAUCAAAAUUGAAAGCUUGUACCCUGAAGAAAUGGGACCCAAUGCAAUGUCAGUUAAAGACUUUUUGAGCACCGGGCUUCCAUUGCUCGAUAAAGAUAUUGGGGAGAGAGUUAGAAAGGCUUCUCUUUAUGGGAAUGUGCUUCGUUAUGUCUGUAUGAUCGAGGGCUCAAGCAGGGUUGAAGUUGGCAUUCAAGAGCUUCCUAAGGACUCUCCUUUGGGAAGAUUAAGAGGAAGUGACAAUGUGUUGGAAAUAUACAGUCGUUGUUAUGGUGAACAACCAUUAGUCAUUCAAGGUGCUGGAGCUGGAAAUGAUACAACAGCAGCUGGUGUACUGGCGGAUAUCCUUGAUAUUCAGGAUUUAUUUCCUUGAAAGAAAUUGUGCUCCUUAGUUAGAAGAUAGUUGGAAUCGCAGUUGCUAGUAAAAUUAUCAGGUGGUGUUGCUUUUGCCACAUCAGUUUUAGCAACAACGGGCGAUGUCUCUAGAUCAGGCGAUGAAAACUCUUGGGAGCUGAAAAAUAAAAACCUAAAAGCUGGACCCAACAAGAAAAUUAAAUGAUAAGAAUCUCAACCCACUUUUGUGUUAAGAGUCUUCCUGUGGCAAUAACUUUUACGGGCCAGGAGUUCUGGAUGAGUCUCCAAUUGGGAAGAUGAAAUUUCUCUGUAGCUUUGGUGGAAAAAUGAGAGACUGCGAAACUGACUUAGAGUCUUGUAAAUGUGAAGGGACUAACACCAUUCAAAUCGUUUGCAUGUGAAUGUGAAUGGUCGUCUUUACUUGAAAAUUAAUCAAGUUUGUAUUAGACUUUUGGAUGCUCGAAUUACAUGAUGCCCCAAUUACAUGUGAAUGUGUUUAAUAAUAUUUCAUCAUGUCAAAACCUUUGG